AUGGCGGGUCGCGUCGUCAGCGUGCACUGCAUCGGCGGCGGCGGCCUCGAGGCGAAGACGCUGAAGCUGACGCUGCCCGCGGCCUGGCAGGAGUCGCCGUGCGCGCGGCUGCUCAAGGCCGUGGCGAAGCGCUGCGAGGGCGUCGACGCGGGCGACCUCGCGCUCGAGACGGCCGACGGCGCCCGCGUCGACGCGGCGGCGCCCAUCGCGUCGACGGCGGCGGAGCGCGACCUCUUCGUGCGCCGCGCGGCCGCGGCGCCGAAGCCCGCCGCGCGGCGGCGGCUGUCGGCGCCGGCCGCCGCGGCGCCCGCCGCCGCGGCGCCCGCGGCGCCGCCCGCGCCGGGCCCGGCCGUGCCCUGCGAGGGCGCGCCGCUCGCCAACGUCUUCGUCGUGACGCUCGCGCGCGACGACGCGCGCGUGCGGCACACGGAGACCUACACGCGCCGGAGGCUGCCCGAGGCGGAGGUCUUCGACGCCGUGGACGGCGCGAGCCCCGCGCUCGCGGCCUUCCUCCGCGCCCGGGCCGUCACCCUGGCGCCCGCCUGGGCCAAGGCCUGCACCGUGGGCCAGCUCGGGUGCAUGUGCAGCCACAUGGCGCUCUGGCGGAAGGUCGUCGACGACGGCCUCGACCACGCGGUGGUCCUCGAGGACGACGUCCUCGUCGCCGACGGCUUCCGCACCGAGGUCGCGAACAUCCUCGGCGAGCUCCCGGCCCUCUGGGACCACUGCUACCUCUUCCACCACCCGCAGUGCAAGCGGGACCUGCCGCUACCGGGCGCGAAACACGUGCAGCGGGCCUUCGAGACCUGGGGCACCGUCGCCUACGUCGUCUCGCGGCGCGGCGCGGAGAAGCUCCUCGCGAAAACGGAGGGCGCGUCCUGCGCCAAGGCCAUCGACGAGACCAUGAUGGGCCUCGUCCGCGACGGCGAGCUGAACUCGUACUGCGCGCUGCGCACGCUCACGGGCACCGCGGGCCAGAUCAACCCCAUGCAGCCGACGGCGGACUCGCGCCUCGGGUCCAACGUCUGGGGGUCGCCGAAGCUCCUCCCGUCCUAG